GGUAUCAAAAUACCAUAUAGUACCUGCUGGGAUGCUUUUUAAAGUUUGUUUACGAUAGCGAUGAACUUAUUAAAGAAAUUGUCAUUUAAAUGCAGUGUUAGUUCUGUGCAAGGAAAGGAUGUAAAGCUAUACGGGAAGCAAAACAUGUUCGACUCGGUGGCGGAAACCUCGUGGAAUUCAAAUGAAGGCACUCCCCAAUGGAUAAUAAUACGUUUUGAGGAACCACAGGCGGUCAGCAAAUUUUCAUUCCAGUUUCAGGGAGGUUUCGUAGCGAAAACGCUGCUAAUCCACGUGGAAACGGAAGACGGUAAACAAAUUUUGGAGGAGGCAUUCUAUCCAGAAGAUAUAAAUUCCAUCCAAACAUUUAUAUUAAAUCGGCCUAUAAAGAACAAAGAAGCAGCAAAAAUUAAGUUUUUAUUUCCUUCAAGUACAGACUUUUUUGGCAGAAUAAUACUGUAUGAACUUGAAAUUUUCGAAUAAAGAGACCGAUUUUAGUCACCCA